GUGUGUGUGUGUGUGUGCAAAAUAUUUUCAGUUGUGUAUAACAUAAACAAUUAUUGUGUCAGAACAAGCACCAGUUAAUUUGUUAAUUUGACUUUACUUAUUUGAAAAGAAAGGUUAGCAAGGUGACUUUAUGUAACUCUCUCACAAAUUAAUUGGUUGCUCAGUUCAACAAAGAAACAAAUCUUAUCACUUUCAGCUCUACUUGUUUCAUUAAAAAGCAACCAUCACUCAUUGUGAACAUAUUAUUCUAGUGACUGCACUCAUAGAAUUUGGAAUAUAGAGUCAGUUCAGACAACAUGAGUAGUCAAUAUUUAUAGAUAGAUUAUUAGGCUUUUUAAAAAUGUGGGCUAUGUGUAGUCUUGAAUUAAAUUGCAGUGCCAGUGGUUAUCACCACUGGAAUUUCUUUUUAGUCUAUACUUGAUCUGGUCCUAAUCUAGUUUUAUUCUGCGCACGGUAAGAAAAACUGUAAUAUCUUAAUCUGUGUUCUGCCGAUGGGUUUUUAUCAGGUAUUGGAGGAGUUACUAAUAGCAAUCAGCAUCAUUCCUGGCAUGACACACCUCUAACUCAUUAUCUAUAAAUACCUCCACAGUCAACUGCUGCAAUUACAAGGUCCUAAUAGAAGGUGCCCUCACGUUGGUCAUCGCUAACAACCAAAAUGGGGAACUGCCAGGAUAGCUGCAAAAAUUUCUGGUGCGGUCCUAAAAACACCAAUGUCCGGAUCAGCCUGCCAGCUAUCUGCUUCAUAUGGCAAAUUGCCAUGAUCGCCCUGUUUGCAAUCUUUGUGCGCUAUGAUCCAGAGGCUGAUGCACACUGGACUGAAUAUAUGCAUCAAAAUAAUAUUACAAGCAAUAUUGAGAAUGACUUCUACUACAGAUAUCCAAGCUUCCAGGACGUGCACGUGAUGAUCUUCAUGGGUUUCGGCCUCCUCUUUACCUUCCUGAAACGCUACAGCUUUGGCGGGGUGGGCUUUAACUUCCUCAUCUCUGCCUUUGGCCUGCAGUGGGCUCUGCUGAUGCAGGGCUGGUUCCACUCACUGGAUUCCACAGACUGGACCAUCAAAAUCGGAAUGAAAAGUCUCAUCAAUGCUGACUUCUGUGUGGCUGGGUGCCUAAUCGCAUUUGGAGCUUGCCUGGGAAAAGUCAGUCCUAUACAGCUCAUGGUGAUGACACUGUGUGGCGUCAGUUUGUUUGCAGUGGAAGAGUACGUCAUCCUCAACCUCAUUCAUGCUAAAGACACUGGUGGCUCCAUGGUCAUCCACACAUUUGGAGGAUAUUAUGGUCUGACAAUAUCAUGGAUUCUCUAUCGCCCAAAUUUACAUCAGAGCAAACGUCUGCGAGGUUCCUCUUACCACUCGGAUGUCUUUGCCAUGAUUGGUACACUCUUCCUCUGGGUUCACUGGCCCAGUUUCAACUCUGCCAUUGGGAACCAUGGAGAUGGGCAGCACCGUGCAGUUAUUAACACGUACCUGAGUCUGGCGGCCAGUGUCCUCACCACCUUUGCCGUCUCCAGCCUCUCUGCCAAGAGGGGCAAGCUAAGCAUGGUUCAUAUCCAGAAUGCCACCCUGGCUGGAGGUGUCGCCAUGGGUACAGCGGCUGAGAUCAUGGUCUCGCCCUACAGUGCACUGGUCGUUGGCGUCUGCAGUGGCAUCAUAUCUACCUUUGGAUUUGUGGUGUUGACUCCUUUCAUGGAGAAGCAUAUGAAGAUCCAGGACACCUGUGGAAUCCAUAAUCUGCAUGCCAUGCCAGGUGUCCUUGGAGGAGCUGUGGGUGCUGUCACAGCUGCCUUUGCAAGCACAUCUGUCUACGGACAGGAAGGGUUGAUGCACGCAAUCAUGCAUGGAUUUGUGGAUAGGACAAUGGGCAUGCAGGCAGCCCAUCAAGCAGCUGGAUUGUGCAUUGCUAUCAUUUCCGGAAUUGGAGGCGGAGCCGUAGUGGGUUGUAUUCUGAGGCUACCUUGCUGGGGAGACCCAGAGGAUGAAAACUGCUUUGAUGAUGAAGUUUACUGGGAGCUGCCUGAAGAUGAGGAGAGCGUUCCCCCAGUUAAUCAGUACAACGACCAGAAAGCCGACAAACAGACUGAUGUGAACGAGUCCACACUCUCAGUUGAAAACUGACCGCGCAAUGCCUCCAAUGAUAUAGGCACUGAUGAAACACGUCACGGGAUGUUCCCAAAGGGGUCAGCGGUGAAGGAUUCAGAGCAAAGCCAGUGCCGUUUGUCGAAGACGAUUAAAAUGAACUGCAGCAGCAUUUAAUUUAGAUUGAUUGAAUAUACCGGAAUUCAUAUUCAAUAAAUCUAAAGAGAUUUUGAAUAUGUCCAAAUAUCUAACCUACAUAGUUUUCAGUCCUGUUGCUUAAUUAUACACACUGCGAUUAAUUAAACGCAUAAAUGAA